GGCAAAAUUCUUGGUGACAACAGCCGGGAUGGUAUUGAGCUGCAGGACGGAACAUUAAUGAUGAUGAUUGGUAGUGGCGGAGCUGUACCAUGUCCUCCUUCAGCAAAACGUCCCACGGAGAACGCCGAAGAUGACGAGAUGGAAGCUGAGGCAUCAAAAACAAUUGAAAUGCCAGUUGGUCUCAAAAAUUUGGGUAACACAUGCUACAUGAAUGCCACGUUGCAAUGCUUAAAAGCAAUACCGGAGCUGCGCGAAGCACUAAGCAAAUACUCGGGAUCUCUACCAGAUGUGACAAGUGCUGUGGCCAGUGGAGAUGGUGGCUCAAAAGCGGUUACAGUCGCUGUUCGUGAUCUGUACCGCAUGAUGGAUGACGAGAGGGCAAAAAGCCAUGGCAGUGUUGUUCCGCUUGUUAUGAUCCAGGUUAUUCAUUUCAGUGUUGUUGAAGUCGCAACUCUGCUAUAUCCUUAA